AAUGAAAGAGACGAGAAAAAAGACAAAAAAGGAUCAAGAUGGACAUGGUGUAGCCGACUUUAUGCAUAUUUAAAAUUCCUCCAUAUCCGUUCAAUUAUGGAGAAUUCAGAGGGAUUAUAUAAUAGUCCUACUGCGUUAUUUUUCAUUCAUUUCUCUAUCUAGCAUCCAAACAACAUUAAAAGUUAAUUCCUUCAUUCCUUUAUCCUUUUUUUCUCUUAUAAUCGUUUGAAUCUUUUCUUUUCCUUUCUAAUCUCCUCUAUCAAAUACACUGUUAAUUCAUACUUCUUAUUCAAAUAAAUGAAAGUGUCCAUCCACUCUUUUCUUCAAUGGUUGUUUCACUUAUUUGUCUUCAUUUCAUCUCAUUCGAUCCUGAUCUUGUACGAAAUUUGCCAUCCUUUUCACGGAUUGUGGUUUGAUAGGCGUGAAGAAGAGCUAGUUAAGAUAGUGGUCCAAACUAUCCUGGGAUGCUUACAACCAGAUUUACCGAAAAGUCCUCAAAUUGCCCGAUACAAUGUAUUCUUGAACUUUAGAGGUGCCGAUACUCGUCAGGGCUUUACCUAUCAACUUUACACCAACCUCGUGGAUGCCGGAGUUUCUGUUUUCAAAGACGACACCGACCUUCCCAUUGGUGAGGAGUUCAGCUCACAGCUUCUCAGCGCGAUCACAGGGUCUACAAUCUAUAUUACGGUCAUCUCUCGAAGUUACUGUGUCAGCAAGUGGUGUCUUCACGAGCUUGCAAAAAUGAUGGAGUGCAAGGAAAGCAUGGGACACAUAAUCCUGCCCAUUUUCUACAAAGUGGAUCCCUCCAUCGUGCGACGCCUAAAGGAACUGAAUUUGGGGAAUUUCAGGGAUGCCUACCAUUCAUGUGAGAAGGUUCUUCGUGGCGGGGAGGCCUUAAUGGAACACCUGCGAGUGCUCAAAAAUGUCUGCAACCUCAAAGAAUCGCAUUAUCAUUAUACCGGGUACAAACUCACUUCAACGUCUGAUGGGGAACUGAUAGAAGUAGUUGUUCAAGGUGUUUUGAGACGGUUGCGGCAUCACUUUCAACUUGAUGUACCUGAGCACUUGGUCAGAAUUGAUGAUCAUGGGCAUGCAGAUUAGAUUAUGAGAUGGUGAAUGAUUCAACGCCAAUACAUGAAUGCUUGUCUUAGCAGUAAAUUAAUGGAGGAAGGAUGGUGAAAAUAGGAUUCCUAGGAGAAGAUUCAAAUUCAGAUGUUCUCAUUCAAUCAGUCCUUUAGUGGUUCAGCUGGUCGAAAAAUCUCCAGGUGACAUUGCAUGAUGGGGUCAAGUUUAGAGGGGUAUUAGUAGUUUUGUUGAACCACAAGUUGGAGAGUUGGUCUCUUAGAGAGAGUGCUUGUAUUGAUUAGAAUGUAUGAAGACCGGAAAACACCUAGUAGUAUGUAAGUUCUUGCUAAUCAAUUUAGUGCACUAAGUUGAUC